UAUGGACAAUGACAGAAAUCAAGCAAUUCCUCGAAAACCCAAACGCCACAACAAACUGUUCGAAGGAAAAUAUCAUAAAUACGAGAUUGAAAUGACCUAAUUUCAGGAAAAUGUAAUAAAAACAGCUGCUAACCCAACCAUCAUGCCUCGCCGAAGUUCUCUAAAAACUUUGUUAAUUGAAAGCAUGUUAUUUGUGAGCUUGUUCGCUUUAGUAGCACAUCUCAGUAUACAUUUCUGGGAAAGGUAUGUUAUACAAACGGAACUUUCUCACAUGAAGUACAGCUUACAUUCUAUGAAAGAAACUAUCAACAACAUCGGGAAUGCAUACGACGUACUUCAUAAAGAUCUUAAAGGGCUUAUAAGUGCUGCAGAAAACGCCAUUUCAAUGGAUACAUCUAGAAAACCCGAACAGGGAUACAAAGAUAAAUACACAUUAGAUCGACGAACACUUCAUAAUAUGAGGGUACAAGCAAUGGUAAAAGCUAAAAAUGAAAGAGUAGGUAAAUCACACACAAAAUUCAAAGAAUUGACAUACAAGAACGCUAAGCCGAUUGCCAUAAAUGCUACUACUAUAACGAAAUAUCCUCCAAAAUCAACGGGGAUUGGUUCUAAUUUGACCGCUGAAUGUUGUGAGGAUUCCUGUGGGCGGAACGUGCAUAAAUGUUACGAAGUUUACAAUUAUUGUAGAGAUCCUCGUGCUAUUCUUCAACAUUAAUUCUUAAAUAAUUGUCCUAAGAUUCCGAAUACAUCUUUAAAACUGUA